UUUUUAUUGUUGUUCUUUGUUUUUGAUUUCUUCAAACAGAAACUAGCUUUGUUAAAUUACUGCUUUGAACACAUACAGAUAACAUAUUAAUCUAGCUACAAUAUCAUGAGUAUUAUUUAUUAUUACAAUUCAACUUAAUUGGAUAAUGCAAAAAUUCUUAUGCAAAAUAACAUAAGGCUCUUUUAAUAUUGUCUUUCCAAAAGAAGAUGACAAUACAAUUGACAAAGAGGAAACUGAGUAACUAAAUUGUCGGUUUGAUGGAAACAUCCGAUAAAAUUGGAGUAAUGUAAAACACAUAUGUAUAACUGGUCAUCUGCAAAUCAGUUAACUAACUGUGACCUCCACUUUCCUUAAAAUUCUGCAAACUUGUCAUAGCCCUAGGCAUGUCAGGUACAUAACAAAAAAGCUAGAGAAAAACAAAACCCUUUUAAUUUCUUCCCAAGGUGAAGGUGGUAUUAUGUGUACAAUUAAUUAUUUAGUUUGCAAAAAUGAGCAAUUCCAAAGAAUCCAUCUCUACACAAAAGGUUCUUCAAUGUGUAUCAUUCCCUCCAAGAGGAUUUUCACUUGGAUUCUUUCGGAAAGGGUCCACUCCCUGGAUUUAUUCAGUCCCAACUAUUGAAUUUCAAAUACUCAUUAUGUAUAUUGUCACCCAACUUUUUCAUAUUCCUCUCAAGCGCCUUGGAUUUCCCAAGCUUGCUUCUGAAAUCUUUGCGGGGCUAAUUCUUGGAUCUACUUUGCUUGGGCGUUAUAAGACUUACCAAGAAACCUUGUUUCCUCUUCCAAGUCAAUCAAUUCUUGGUGCACUGUCAACUUUCGGUUACCUACUUUUCCUGUUUCUAAGUGGUGUGAAAAUGGACACUAGCAUGACAAGGAAAUUAGGAAGGAGGGCACUAGUAAUAGGUGUUCUUAAUCACAUAGUUCCUUUGGUAACCGGUAUGAUAACCAUAUUUGCAUUAUCAAGCUCUUUCUUUCAAGAAGGCGUCCCAACACUCUCCCCUCAUAUUGAAGUGAUAACUAUUGCUAGGACGUCAUUUCCUGUCAUCUCUUUCCUCCUUAAGGAUCUCGGACUUCUUAAUUCAGAACUUGGGCGAUUAGCACUCUCUUCAGCACUUAUUAGUGACUUAUUUGGGCUCACUAUCAACGCAACUGGCGUUCUAGUUUAUAUAGGUGCAAGGAAUCCACUGGAAAGAGCAAUCAAGGAUGCGAUACUUUUAAUUUUUUUCAUUAUUGUGGUUAUUUUUGUCUUUAGGCCACUAAUGAUAUGGGUAGUCAAAAGGACCCCUGAAGGGAAGCCUGUUAAAGACGUUUACAUAUUGCUAAUUGUUCUUGCCGUAUUACUUUCUGGUAUCUUCUCUGACUGGUUUGAACAAACAGUUCUUGUAGGUCCUUUAAUAUUUGGAUUGGCCGUACCUGAGGGACCCCCUUUAGGAUCUACUCUAGUAGAUAAACUUGAUCCAUUUGCCUCUGGCUUUCUGUUGCCUAUUUUUGUUAGUCUAAUGUCAUUAAGAACAAAUCUCUCUGCCAUAAAUCCCUCUUCUUCUUAUACAUUUGCCAAUAUUAUCCUAAUUUGUGUCGCAAGUAUAUCCAAAAUCCUAGCAUGUUUACUUCCCAUGCUAUAUUGCAAAAUGCCUUUAAAUGAUGCUGCAGCAAUCAGCCUCAUCAUGUCUACAAGAGGCGUCGUCGACUUGGCUAUCUAUAGCUUUCUAAGAGAUACUAAGAUUAUCAAUCAGGCGAGUUUUGCUUUUAUGGUUAUAGCAACAGCUGUUACAGCAAUAUUUGUGCAAAUCAUGGUGAGAUGGCUUUAUGAUCCAUCUAGGAAAUAUGCCGGAUAUCAAAGAAGAAACUUAAGGAACUCCAACAAGAAGUUACCCAUACUUGUUUGCAUCCAUAAUCAGGAUAACACUGCUGCUAUACUUAGACUACUGGAGAAAUCUAAUCCCACUAGGGAUUUCCCUAUAGUUGCCAAUGUUCUCCACCUUAUAGAGCUACGAGGUCGAGCAUCUUCUGUUUUCAUCUCUCACCAAGUUCAGACAAAGGCCAUUUCUGAUGUAUCUUAUUCGGAAAAUGUCAUUCUUGCUUUCCAGGGGUAUGAACGGAACAACUAUGGAGCUGUGACCAUUCAGGCCUUUACAGCUAUCUCCCCGUGCAAUCUAAUGCAUGAGGAUAUAUGUACCCUUGCCCUUGAUGUCCUUGCAUCCAUCAUUAUAUUGCCCUUUCAUCGAAAAUGGGCCGUGGAUGGAUCAGUAGAAGUUGAAGACCACAUCUUGAGAACUUUGAACUCUAGUGUUCUUGAAAGAGCUCCUUGUUCUGUUGGAAUCCUUGUUGAUCGAGGCCAGUUGCGACGUUCCAGCUCUGUCCGUUCAUCAGAGAAUGUAUAUUCUGUUGCUAUAUUAUUUCUAGGAGGAAAUGACGAUGAAGAAGCAUUAACGUUUGCUAAACGAAUGGCUAUUAGUGGGACCAUUAGCCUCACAGUGAUACGGUUAAUUUCCAAGAAAGAUAUCGAUCAAGUUCUUGAUUUGGAUAUUAUAGGUGAUUGGAAACAUAGCCGAAGUAGUUGGGAAAAUGUGCACUAUAUCGAGCAUCACGUGAAUGAAACAACAGAGACAGCAUUAUUAGUUCGUUCGUUAGUGGACGAUUAUGACCUUAUAAUAACAGGGCGACGAGACAAUACACAUUCUCCUCUAACAGCAGGACUUGAAGAAUGGAGUGAAAUCCCAGAGUUAGGAGUCAUUGGUGACAUGCUUGCCUCAAAGGAUCUAAAGACAAGGGCUUCUGUCCUAGUGAUUCAACAACAGCAAACAGCUCUAUAGCUCUACUACAUGAACCCUUCAGUUGCCUUGCUAUACUUGUAUCAAACAGGGUGUGAUAUUGGUAUAGGUAUGUCGUGAAAACCCUCCCAAAUACACGAAAGUUUAACAAAAAGUGUACGUGCUCGUACUAAAUACUUACAAAACCUAUAUUGGAUAACAGAUUCCUUGUACAUAGCUCACUGGACUUGGUAUAUUUGUUAUUUUUGCCCCUCUUCCUCGCAUUUUCUUUUUUGUUGCAAGAGUAAAAUGCUUGAUGAUUUUUGGUUUCAUUUUCUGUCUGCAUACUUGAAUCAUUUCAUUUGCCUUCAUCCAAAAGUGUACUUGAGAAU